AUGACGCUCGGGUACUCCACGUCCCAUGCCAGCUUCCGCUCGAAGCACUCGCGAAACUUCUCAUUCGACCCAGGCGGGAACGUCGAGUACGGCACCUCGAUUUCCCCCUCCACGCGUCUCCUCCAAUCCCCCCGUCCUGCCGGAUUCCCCUGUUCCUGCUGUGCGGGUACAGUCCUCCCCCAGUUCCGCCGUCCUCCUGCCGCAUUCGCCCCGCCUUGCCAUCCUAAGUUCCCCCGAUCCGCCUCUGCUCCCGCCCUGGCGCGAUCUUGCCACCCCCAUUUCCCCGGGUCUCCCCGUCCGGCUGAUUCAGCCCGCUCGUUCCGCGGAGUGUUCCCCCUGUCCCCUGGUUCUUCCCUCCCCGCACCCCCGCCUCUGUUUCCCCGUUCUCCUGUCCCUGGGCCCCAACGCCUGUGGUCCGGUUCUCCUGACUGGACGUAUGAUCGCCCCACUCGCAUUCUCGACGGCGCGUUUUCGGCGGACUGGGACGGGUGGGUGGGGUGGGGCAUAGGCGUGCGCAUGGUGGGGGCGAGCGCGCUCGUGGCGUUCCGCGCAAGCGAGACGGAGUAUUACUUCUCGCAGUACUACCUGGCGGAUUACAACGCGAGCCUCAUCAAACAGGAUACAGGGACCUUGGAUUUGGUUCCCAACAGCGUCAAGGUGCACAUCCAAGGAGCCACGGUGCGAGUGAUGUUUGCAGUGGUGCUACCGGAGGGGCAGACGCCAGGGUUGUACAUCAUCAUGGCCAAGGGGCAGGGCGGCAACGGUGACACGGGGGCUCUGGAGCCCCACAGCCCCUUCAACACCGCCCGCACCUACCUGCGUUUGGCAGGUGCCGGACCCCCCCAGUGGUUGCAAGCAGCACACGGCCUGGUGAACCUGCUCGCCUGGGGUCUCAUCCUCCCAAUCGGCAUGCUCCUCGCCCGCCACCUCCCCCAACUCGACCCCUCCUCUUCCUCCUCCUCCGCCUCCGCCUCCUCCGCCCCCUCCUCCGCCUUCCCCUUCCCCUUCCCCUCAUCCUCCGUGGCGGUGGUAACCAGUGGGCCUGGAACCCCCUCCUGGGUGAAGCUGCAUAGGAUGGUGCAGGCGGGGGGGUAUGCUUUGGGCGCGUUUGGGUUUUUUCUCGGGCUGCUGAUGUGGGGGGAUGCCCAUGAGGGGCAUGUGCGCCUGAGGGGCGUGGGGGGGGAGGAGGCGGGCGAGUUUGACCCGGGGGCUCACAGGCGAUACGGCAUCACCCUCUUCAUCCUCGCUUCUUUCCAGGAGGCGAGGGAGGUUGACCCAGGGGCGAGGGAGGUUGACCCAGGGGCGAGGGAGGUUGACCCAGGGGCGAGGGAGGUUGACCCAGGGGCGAGGGAGGUUGACCCAGGGGCGAGGGAGGUUGACCCAGGGGCGAGGGAGGUUGACCCAGGGGCGAGGGAGGUUGACCCAGGGGCGAGGGAGGUUGACCCAGGGGCGAGGGAGGUUGACCCAGGGGCGAGGGAGGUUGACCCAGGGGCGCAGCGCAGCAGCGGUACGGCAUCACGCUGUUCGUGCUCGCUUCCUUCCAGGUGGGUGUCGUGCUCGCUUCCUUCCAGGUGGGUGUCGUGCUCGCUUCCUUCCAGGUGGGUGUUUUGA